AUGUCAUUUGCUGGCGUGUCUAUCGUCGGCAAAUGCAUGGGGAGCGCCGGCCAUGCCAUCAACGUCGCAUCGGCCAGAGGCUACCACCUCCUUGUGGUUAACGGAUACUCGUAUGCUAAAGCAGUUACACAUAAUGGCGCGGCGUUCUACUCUCUCGGUUUCAUGGUGGGAGGCCAUCGUUGGCGCAUCAAGUACUAUCCUAAGGGCGACAACUGGACUAGUGCCGACUCGUUAUCUCUCUUUUUGCAGCUUGAUGAUCAAGAUGUUACAGGGCCCCUGAAGGUGCGCUACAUAUUUAGUUUUGUCGACGAGCUUGAGAAGCAAGAUUCAGCAUAUGUUAAUGCAGCCCCUCCAGGCAUGUUCUCCAGCAAUGCUCCAUCUUGGGGUUACACGGGUUUCAUGAAAAACAACGUCCUUGAGAAAUCAAAUCAUCUAAAGGACGAUUGUUUCACCAUCCGAUGUGACCUCGCCAUUGUCACCACUCCUGAUAUUGCAAUUAAGGUACCACCCCCUAGCUUACAACAGCAUAUCAGCGACCUUCUACAGUCCAAUGAGGGAACUGACGUGACAUUCAAAGUUGACAAUGAGACGUUUGCUGCCCAUCGGUGCGUGCUUGCAGCUCGAUCUGCAGUCUUCAAGGCUGAGCUCUUUGGCCCCAUGAAGGAGGGCACAGUAUCAAGCGUCAUAGAUGUGGAAGAGAUGGAAGCAAGUGUGUUUAGGGCCUUGCUUUUCUUUGUUUACACAGACUCACUGCCAGAUAUAGAGAUAGCUAUUCUAGAAGAAGAGGAAGAAGCCCAAGAAGUAUUGUGGCUCCAACAUUUGCUUGCAGCCGCGGAUAGAUACGAUCUUCAAAGGCUGAAAGCACUAUGUGAAAAAAAGUUGUGUGAAAACAUAAGCGUGAGCUCAGUGACGAAUUUUUUUACUCUAGCUGAUCGACAUAACUGUUGUGGAUUGAAGGAGGCAUGCCUCGAGUUUGUCAAGACUCCUGUUAAUUUGAAAGAGAUUACAGCGGCUGACGGCUUGGACGACAUAAUCAGAACAUGCCCCUCUCUUGUAAAGGAGCUCAUUGCCAAGUUUGCUUCCUAA